GUAAUCACGUCAGCUAUCUGGACACAGUAGUGCUGCCGCUCAUUUUGGAGGUGCCAAAGAUCAUCGCCAUGGCGGAAGUCGCCUCGUGGCCGCUCUUUGGUCAGCUGUGCCAGGAGCUCGAGAUGAUUUGGGUCGACAGAUCCUCGGCCGAGUCGCGCCAGGCAGCGAAGGAGGCCAUUGCCAGCCAUGCUGCGGAAUGGAAGCGAGGAGACCGGUCUUUGUUGAUCUGGCCUGAGGGCACCACGUCGAAUGGCCAGGGCAUCAAGGACUUCAAGCAAGGUGCCUUCCUACCUGCGGCACCUGUGCGGCCUGUGCUGAUCAAGUACACAGGUGAUUGGGAUCCCUCGAACGUGAGCUUCCGAGACGCUAAGGGCGAGAUGAAGCCCGCGGAGGCUUACGGCGACCGCCAAUGGUUGGAGCAGUUUUUGGGACACGUGAUCCACAGCUGCACAGUGCUCAUCUGCAAGCCGUACACCCCCAGUGAGGAGGAAAAGGCAGAUCCAGAGCUCUACAAGGCUAAUGUGCAUAAGCUGAUGUCAGAGAGAUUGGAGGAACUCAACGAGUACACCGAGCGCCAAAGACAAACUAAGGCUGGCGGCGGCCUCCCCAAGGGGUUGAAACAAGUUGGCGGCGCGCUCUUCGGGAAUGUAGAGGCCUUCUUGCAAACAGCGCAGCACCGGCUGUCGGAGAAGUCUGAAGAAGUACAGACUGCGCUGCCCUGGCUGCAAAAGUUUACAACGCGCCUGCGACCCAAAUCGGACGGCUAUGCCUGA